UCGUGAGGAGCGAACACGAGCACAUGUCAGUUUGCGCUCUGCAAUGCAAAUACGAUUGCCCGUUGAACACAACUUUUCGAGUGUUCCCCUCCGACUUGUAAUAACCAAGAAAACAAUACUCAAUAGAAAGCUAAGAGACUAUCGCAGUUGUUUGUUUCGAUUGGAUAACAGAAAACUUAGAUUACCGUAUGGCGCAGGUUUUUCCCCCGUUCCAUUGCAACGCAUCCGAAGGAAAUCGAUGCGGAGUGCGUCAAAAGUUUCCCACCAUCAUUUGAGAGCUUCGUGGAACACGAAUCGAAUGCGCCCCCAUUCUUCCGCAGAUCUAAGAGAAACAAGAUAGUAAAUAAAUGAACAAGAAACUCGAUUCUAUUUUACGUACCGAAUGCUUGUAUCGAUCGGUCGGGAGAGGCUAUAAUUUUCUAUUUGCUUUUCUCGAUGUUUUAAAGGUCUCCUGGUCAUAGGAGAGGGCUGGGGGAUGGCCAUGGACGUUAACACGGAAUCGUUAAUAGACAACGGGUCGUUGCUGUUCGACGCUACCGGCUACUCGAUAAUGGAGACGGAGCUGAGCAGCGGUCUGAGCGACGACGCCGACGCCGUCGUCGACUGGCUCCUGACGCUGACUCUGGUCGUCAAGACCUGCCUCAUGGGUCUCAUCAUUGCCGCCUCCAUUUUCGGCAAUCUCCUCGUCAUCAUUAGUGUGGCCCGAUUCCGCAAAUUGCGCAUCAUCACCAACUACUUUGUCGUCUCGCUGGCCAUGGCCGACAUCCUGGUGGCCCUCGUCGCCAUGGGAUUUAACGCCAGCGUCAUCAUCUUCGGCCAGUGGAUGUUUGGCUACGCCAUGUGUGAUAUCUGGAACAGUUUCGACGUCUACUUUUGCACCGUCUCCAUUUUGCACCUGUGCUGCAUCAGCGUCGACCGCUACUACGCCAUCUCGCAGCCGUUGAUGUAUCCCAUGAAGAUUACGCGCAAAAAAGUUGCCGUCAUGCUGGCAAACAUCUGGACCUGGCCGGCCCUCAUCUCUUAUUUACCAAUAUUCCUCGGAUGGUACACGACGGAGGAGCACCAAUUGUACCGCGAAAAAAAUCCGCACAGUUGUCGAUUUGUUGUCAACAAAGUCUACGCCCUCAUCUCGUCGAGCAUCUCUUUCUGGAUUCCGUGCGCCAUCAUGCUCUUCACUUAUUACCGCAUCUACGAAAUGGCUUCGCGCCAGGAGAAGAUGCUGCUCAAGAAUGCGGACGCGGCCCUGCUCUUCCGCCAGCAGAAUCAGCGCCGCAGCGCCGAAAUGGAGCAACAUCAAGUCCACCACAUUCAGCAACAUAAUCAGGAUGACGCCAGCAUCACGACAGCCGCAAGCGCAGCCAUUAACGGUCCCAGCAGUGCAAUCCUUCCGGCUAUCCAAGUGACCAAACCGGACGUUCUGCUCGAAGUGAACGGCAAAGCGCAGCAGCCGAACGGGACGCCAAUCUCCUCGUCUCCGCCGUCUGCACCGCCGGAGAAUAAGCGCAUCAGCGCUGGUGAUCGCAGCGCUUUGCUGGACAGUGCGUCAGACGCGAAUCGCUACCAGUGUCGUGACGAGACGUGUAGCAACACGCCGACGAUCAACAAAGACAAACACUUGCAAAAAAUCCGUCGGGAGCACAAAGCCGCCCGGACGCUGGGCAUCAUUAUGGGGGCGUUCGUCCUCUGCUGGCUGCCGUUCUUCAUCUGGUACCUGAGCGUGACGCUGUGCGGGGAGUACUGCUACUGUCCCGACAUCGUUGUCGAUGUCCUCUUCUGGAUCGGCUACUUCAACUCGACCCUCAACCCGAUGAUCUACGCCUACUUCAACAAGGACUUCCGGGAAGCCUUCCGCAACACGCUCAUCUGCGUGUUUUGCACUCGGUGUCAAGACCCGCGCGAGCGGCAACGAGACCAGCUGGCCGCCCUUGGCUACACCCAGCAGCAACAGCACCACGGCAAAAAUAAUUUAGGCCGUUUGAGCGUAGCGUCAGCUGAGAAUCAAACGAGUAGGAGGAUCAGGCAUUCCAGCGGCGACACUAUCGCCGGUAUUGAGCGGAUCGAUCACAAGCGACUCAGCGGCGUCGCCGUCCAGAAUCUUUAAGAAAAUAAAAAUAAUGAAAUAAAAGACUGGAUGAAACAAAAUUUCGAUGUUAAUUCGAAUGAUCAAUGUGCAAACUGAAUAACAAGAUUGUAAUUUAUGUCACUAUAUUUUUUUUUCUUUGUGUUCCCCGCUCGAGCGAAAGGGCAAAAUCCAAUUGAAUUCACAAGGAGGCAAGACGCAGAGAGACUUGCGCCUCUUGUUUCGAUUUUACUUUACGUGUAAUAGGUAAAAAUAUUUUAACUUUUGGUCAUCCAUUUCGUUGUGGAUUGGACAUCAUUCCCACUUGUCUUCGACCCUCGACAAUUGUUGGUACUAAAAUUACAGGGACCCCAAAACGACGUGUACAUACUACAGUAUUACAGGGUGAAAGACAACAUUUCCUAAAUAUCGAUCCGGUUUUUCCUAACCUUUUUUUUUCGUGAUCAUACAAGGAAAAUGACAUACAGGCAAACCCUUCACGUACCACACCCUCCAAAGAAUUAUGGUGUUGUAAUCACAUAAUCUUUUUCCAUUUUUUUUUGUACGUAAAAAUUAUAAUAAAAUCGAAGAGAAAAAAAAAUGGGGAAAGAUACGCGCUUAUAUUUCUCGACAUAUGACGAUAUAUUUUCGAAUAAAAUGGAUAUUAUAAACCCCCGGUAUUAUGACGUAUGUUAGGCCUCAAGACCCUGCUGUUGUGCAUUUGGAAUUAUAAUAUUUUUAAAAAUAAUAAUGGACAAAAAAAAAUACGGUUAAAGAUCCGCUCGACCUCUCAAGUGUGUGAUUGCAGAAAAAAAGGGAAAAUAAGGGAGUCGUCAGAAACGUCACAAUGAUUCAUGCCCUAAUUUCCUUCAGAUUUUUGUUUUAUCAAAAGUUCAAAUGUUUUUCUAUUUAUUACUGAAAAAAAAAACUUAAUAUCAAUGCAUCUGACUUUCAUUGAAAUUUGCGCCACGUGUAAUAUGAUAGGUGUGUGUAACGCACAUCCCCCCUCCUAGUCAAUUCCUUUAUUAAUUUACAGACACACACAUACCAAAAUGUUCAGAAAAAUCACGUCGCUACGCUCCAUUGUUUCCCGAUAAUUCGAUUGUUCGCCAUUUUGCUAUUUCAUCCUUGUUUAAGCUCUUGUCAGUCUCGCAAACACACAAGCGAUAUAAAAAUAAAAUUUUUUUAUGGUACUCCUACGAUGUCUAUGUGAUUGCAUCAUCAUCCUUGCUUAAUAUGACAUGUGCGAUUUCCCUUUCAAAUAUAUUUCAGCCGCAUCCCCUCCCCUCCAUCGUGAUUUUAAAAAAAAUGAAAUGUCCCGCUGCGCAAACCCCGAAAAAUUAGAGAAACUGGGCGAGUAUUUUUUGUUUUCGGCCUACACAUUAUAUGGGGAAAUUUAUGAAAACCCCUCUUUGUACAUGAUUCCGUUCUGUUUCUAUAUAUGGUGUAUGUGUACAUAUAUAUACAAGUUACGUCUA